AUGACCAAAGCUAAUCAUCUGGCUGCCACAGUCGUUGACGAUGGCACAUCCUCCGUCACAGCAGUUACAGAUGAUGACGCCAUGACCCUCGUCGACCUGUUCGGAGAUCUUGACGUCGAGGAACUCACCGAGCCUGAUAACAAAACCACAUCUGGGGAGUCGACCAGCAUUGUGAGUUCAGAGGCCAGCAUAGACGCCGCUGAUAGUGAGGUCGGCCUGAAGAAUAAGCCAAACGAGAAGGGCAAGACCGCAGACACAGAAAGCCAGUCGGCCACAGAAGCAGAGACUUCCUCUGUAGUCACAUCCGAUGCAGCCAACUCAGAAGUGGCUGAGUCGUCAGCCUCUGGCGAGACAGCCUCAGAGGACAAGAGUACAACCGACAAUGCAUCCUCAAAGAGCGAAGACGCCUCUACUGGUGCCCAAUCAUCAACCACGGGCGAGUGGACAGCCUCAGAGGAUGCCCUCAUCAUCGGCAUGAAGGAGGGUGGUGAGACCUGGGCUUCCAUUGGGAACGCAAUCAACAGAGGCAAGAACGAGGUCAAGAAGCGCUGGCACGUAUUGAAGAUCAACGUUGCCAAUUCGGCCGAAUCCACAGGCGAGGCUCAGACAGUGUCUGGAGGAGAGACCACUCAGACCGAAUCCCAGGCCGGUACCGAGGCCGAUGCCAAAACCGACGGGAGCCAAGAUGAAGCAGAGAAGUCAGAAUAUGACAAUUACAAAUCCAAGGCAGAGAGAAAGGCGGAGCGCAAAGCCGAAAAGCAGAAGCAGAAGAACAAGAAGACCCCCAAGUCUGAUGAAGAAGCGAAAGAGCUGCAAAAACCUUCCAAGGAGGUGAAGAACACUGGGGGCAAGAAACCCGAGUCCAAGCCCAAGGAGCCCAAACAGAGAGGCAAACCCGCCGAGCCCGCCCCGUCAGAGGACUCGUCAAAGCCUGCUACCUCCGACACCAACGAUGAGACCCCGAGCUCAUCCUACCGAGACCGCUUCAACCUCCUCCGCGACACCUCCUCGGCCUCCGAGUCAACGUCAUCCGCUACCAGCGCAGACGACAACGACGCCGAUCCUCAAGCUCAAUACAAACGCGAACUCGCCGGCCAGGAGCGCUACAUCCGCCGCCACAUCCACCCGGCGCUCUACCCUCCCGCGCCGGCAGCAUCCCACAAGAGAAAGAGACCACUUCCCCCUCCCGCCAAUAGACGUACGCCCAGCCCGGCAGACAGACAGCAACGCCGAGACGACGCGACUCUCGCGGCCGUGGUGUCCAAGAGGGAGGCGACAAAGUGGCUCGAGAUGCAGGCCAACUUUUACAAUGCCACGGGCCGGAUGGUGCCGCUUCACAUGAUCAAGUCGAGAUGCGAGGCUGAGGAGGACCGAGGCAAGGCCGCCGGCGUGCGGAGUUGGGCCUCCUCGGUGGCCGGUAGCGAGGAUUUGUUGGACCCCUACGAGGGUCGGGACACUCCUGAGGAUGCUCUCGUCGAUGAUGACGAGGAUUGA